AUGAUGCACACGCGUAUCGUUGUAGUGUUUUUACUGGGCUGCAGCAGUGGUGGAAUCAUUAGUAGUUCAUCGUACGCUGCCGAGCUUAUUAUCGGAGGAACGGACGCCAAGGAAGGUGCCGCACCUCACCAGGUUUCGUUGCAACUGCUAGGUCAACAUUUUUGCGGUGGAUCGAUCGUAGGCGAUCGUUGGAUACUGACCGCUGCCCACUGUACAGCAUAUGUAAAGCUGAACGCGACGAAAGUUGUCGUUGGAACUAACAAUUGGAAGAAGAGAGUCAACACAUACGCGAUAGAUCGUGCCUAUACUUACAACAAUUUGCCGCUGAAUACAUCGUUCCUGACGGACGAUAUCGUACUGCUGCGGCUGACAUCCCCACUGAAGUUUAACAACCGCGUACAGCAGAUUGCAUACUCGGCGGAAAUGGUACCCGAUAAUGCUACCCUUACGAUCACCGGAUGGGGACAGAUAGAUAAAGUACAGAGACCCAACAUGCUGCAAACUCUCGAUGUACGCCACGUUGCACUGGAACGUUGUCGGGCCACUAUUGAUAAAAUGAAAUUCCAAUCGCCGUAUAACGUUAGGCUCUGCGAAAACCGAAUGUGCACUCUAAAAACAAGAGGCCAAGGAAUGUGUGACGGCGAUUCUGGCAGUCCGGUAACUUGGAAGGGAAAACAAGUCGCCAUAGUUCAGGCAUUAUUGACGAACGAAUGCGCCAAGGGAGUACCUGAUGUUCAGAUUCGCCUUUCGUACUAUCAUGACUGGAUACAGAAGACUAUUGCGUCCAACAGCGAUUAG